AUGAUUUCCUUAGCAGAUGUCUAUCAUGUAGUCACUGCCACUGUCCCAUUAUAUGUGACCAUGGUUCUAGCCUACAUCUCAGUCAAGUGGUGGAAGCUCUUCACCCCAGAACAAUGUUCAGGCAUAAACAAAUUUGUGGCCAAUUUCUCAGUCCCUAUUUUGUCAUUCCAAGUCAUUUCCUCCAACAACAUUUACAAAAUGAGCCUCAAACUCGUGUAUGCUGACUUUGUUCAGAAAUUGCUUGCAUUCCUGGUCUUCACAGCAAUCAUUAAGAUCAAGGGCAGAGGGGGUUUGAAGUGGAUCAUAACUGGUCUCUCACUCUCCACUCUUCCCAACACUUUGAUCCUUGGAAUUCCACUCAUGAAGGCUAUGUAUAGGGAUCAAGCUUCUCUUCUCCUACCCCAGAUUAUUUUCCUCCAGAGCAUGGUGUGGUACAAUAUAUUGUUGUUUCUCCAUGAGUUGGAUGCUGCAAUUCCUGCAAGGACCAUGCCUGUUGCUGCACCACCACCACAAGACACAGGAGAAUCUGAGACAUCUCAGGAGAUACAAUCAAAAGAAGAGGAAGAGGCAGAGCAUAGAACGCAGAGUAAAACGAGGAUGUUGCUCAUUCUUAUGAAAGUAGGGAAUAAAUUAAUCAUUAAUCCUAAUACCUAUGCAACUUUCGUAGGUCUUAUUUGGGCAAGCAUACACUUCAGGUGGGGAGUGGAUAUGCCGGAUGUUGUGAGUCAGUCAAUAGAAAUAUUGGCCAGUGGAGGUCUAGGCAUGGCAACUUUCAGCUUAGGUCUAUUUAUGGCAUCAAACAACAGAAUCAUAGCAUGUGGACCAAGGAUGACAAUGGUGGCAAUGGCCCUGAAAUUUCUUGUUGGACCUGCCAUAAUGGCUGUAGCCUCUAUUGUGAUUGGAUUAAGAGAUAGAAUGCUCAAAGUGGCAAUUAUUCAGGCAGCACUACCCCAAGGAAUUGUUCCUUUUGUUUUUGCUAGAGAGUAUAAUGUCCAUCCAGGCAUUUUAAGCACUGGGGUCUUGCUAGGAAUGCUCAUGGCCUUGCCUGUGGCAUUGACCUACUAUGUCCUCUUGUCACUCUUCUUCUGA